AUGGGCUGGGGACAAGGGUGUCCCCCUCUGCUGGCCCUGGCACAGCCCUCGGCCCAGGCACAUGGAGCACGGGCGGGGAAACUGAGGCAGGGGGUGACAGCGACCUGCCAAAAACAGCCCCACGGCAGAGCUUGUGGGGGCAGGGGGUGCUCGGGGGGGGCAGUGUCCCCUCGGGGUGGGCAGUGUCCCCUCGGGGUGGGCGGUGUCCCCUCGGGGUGUCCAUGGCAGCCCUUGUGGGGGCAGGGGGUGCUCGAGGGUCCCGCCCGCCCAAGCAGCCUCCCCUGUGCCCCGCAGUGCUGGGAGGUUCGGGAGCACAACAGCUCUGAAUGGUGUCACUUCAUCCGGAGCAACCCCGACUGCCAGCUGGACGGGGGCUUCCUUGACUACCUCGAUGGGGUCUUCUGCGUCUUCCCGCCGCGGCUGCUGCCCCCGGCUGUCACCCUCUAUGCUCUCUGGCUCCUGUACCUGUUCGUCAUCCUCGCUGUGACAGCAGAGAAGUUCUUCUGCCCCAAUUUAUCAGCCAUCUCCACCAACCUGAAGCUGUCCCACAACGUGGCAGGUGUCACCUUCCUGGCCUUUGGGAACGGGGCACCUGAUGUCUUCAGCGCUGUGGUGGCCUUCUCCGACCCCCGGACAGCGGGGCUGGCCGUCGGGGCCAUCUUUGGUGCCGGGGUGUUUGUCACCACGGUGGUGGCCGGGGGCAUCGCCCUGGUCAAGCCCUUCACGGCCGCCUCCAGGCCCUUCCUCAGGGACGUCAUCUUCUACAUGGCGGCCGUGUUCCUCACCUUCGUGGUGCUCUACUUGGGCAGGAUCAGGCUGGGCGAGGCUCUGGGUUACCUGGGGCUCUACGUGUUCUACGUGCUCACCGUGGUGCUCUGCACCUGGAUCCACCGGCGGCAGCGGGGGGACGGGCUGGCCCCUCCCGGCCCCUGGGAGCCAGAGAUGCCGACAGAUGUGGAAGAGCCGGAGCCCUCGGGCACAAACAGUGGGGACUACGGGGAGGAGUACCGGCCCCUGCUGCCCUCCCAGGAGAGCUCCCUGCGCAUCCUCACCACCGCCCUGAACCCCCUGGACUACCGCAGGUGGAGGAGGAAGCCCUGGUACUGGCGGCUCUUCAAAGCCUUCAAGGUGCCCGUGGAGCUGGUGCUGCUGCUCACUGUCCCCGUUGUGGAUCCCGACAAGGAUGACCUGAACUGGAGGAGACCCCUCAACUGCCUGCACAUCCUCACCAGCCCCCUGCUCUGCGUCCUCACCCUCAAGUCAGGCACCUAUGGGCUGUACCAGAUCCAGGGCACCUUCCCAGUCUGGGGACUGGUCACACUGGUUGCCUCUGCCCUGGCCCUCAUCAUCUUCAUCACCACAAGCAACGAGGAACCACCCAAGUAUCACUGUGUGUUUGCCUUCCUUGGGUUUUUGGCCAGUGCCAUGUGGAUCAACGCGGCGGCCACGGAGCUGGUGAACAUCCUGCGGACCCUGGGCAUCAUCUUCCAGCUCAGCAACACCGUGCUGGGCCUGACCCUGCUGGCCUGGGGCAACAGCAUCGGUGACACCUUCUCUGACCUCACCAUGGCGCGCCAGGGCUACCCCCGCAUGGCCUUCUCCGCCUGCUUCGGGGGCAUCAUCUUCAACAUCCUGGUGGGCGUGGGCCUGGGCUGCCUGCUGCAGAUGAGCAGCAGCCAGCCGCUGGUGAAGCUGGAGCCCGACAGCCCGCUGGUGUGGGUGCUGGCCGGGGCGCUGGGGCUGAGCCUGGCCUUCUCCUUCGUGACGGUGCCGGCGCAGUGCUUCCAGCUGGGAAGGGCCUACGGCGCCUGCCUGCUCACCUACUACCUGCUGUUCCUGGGCGUGGCCCUGCUCACCGAGUUCAGGGUCAUCCAUUUCCCCACCCCCUGAGCGGCCCCAGCACAUCCAGCCCUGGUCUGUCAGCACCCCUCCCUGUCCCUGGCAGGGGCACAAGGCACCUCGGCCUCACCGUGCUGCCAGAGCCAUCCUGUCCUUUGGGGAAGGAGCUGCCACUGCCCACAUCCUCUCCUCACUCUUUAAUCUAAUUUAAGGAACUCUGGGCAGGAGCAACAUGGAAACCUCAGCUGUGUCUGGUGGCAGCGGCAGGGCCGGAGGAUGGGGAAGCUCCAGGGGCAGAGCAGGAGAGGUUUUGUCUCCUCAGCUCCAUGUGGGGACAGAGCUGGGGCAGCUGUGCUGCACGGGGUGAUGUCUGUCCCUGGGAAGGACUGUCCCUGUUGGCACCGUGGGCUGGAACAGCAGACAGGGCACAGCCGCACAGGGCAAAGGGGACACAGUGCUCCAGGGACGCACUGGGCUUAGAGCAAGCAAAGCCUGAGGGAAAAACAAACACCAAACCAAGGGAGGCUGGUUUCCCCUGCUUUUUUUAGAAAUGUUUUUCAACCUGAGUUUCAGAUCCUACUUUUCUCCUCCUCCUCCUGGGGUGGGCAGAGCUGUAGGAAAGGACUUGGAGGUUUCCACACACAGUGUUGACCUCUGGCAGGACUAGAUUUAGGCACUGUAAAAAAAUUGCAAUAAAAAAAAAAAAGGAACAAACAAAAAAAUGCCCAUAAACCCAACCUUGACUUUUGCCUGCUGCAAGGGCCACUCCUCCUGCUCUGUGCUGGUGUGACAGCCCUUACUCAGCACAGAGCCUUUGGAGGGGAGAGGAACAGCCAGGGCUGAGGACCCUGGACACCCAGCGGGGUUUUUCCCCAGGGAGUGGGGAAGUGGUUUCCAGCCUGAUGUCCCCAGAGCAGUCACGUGCUGUCACACUGGGAACGACCACGGCACGGGGUCAGCACGGCUCCUCCCUGGGGACAGGCAAUCCUGCAGGGCCCACAGUGCCAGGAGAGUGGAAGGGGUGGGCUGGUGGUUCUGCUCCCAGCUGGAGGGUCCACAGGACACAGGCUGGAAAGCAAAUUGUCACUCCAGAGGGACACCACAUCCCUGCCCCACGGGAGAGGGGGUGUUGUGCAAACACCACAACUGUCAGACCUGCUUCCUCCUCCUUUCCUCCUGGGCCUGGACCAUUUCUCCUUUUUCUAACAGACACCAGCAGCUUUCACAAAAAAGAGCACUCCCUUGUGCCUGCAGCCACUGGCUCUGCCCAGACCUUCCUGCAGCUGCCAGAAUGACCCGGGACACAACGCCCACUUCCUGCCACAAGCAGGGCUAGAGCAACCAAACCCUGGCCAAGGUCCCAGCACUGAGGGGCAGGGUCAAACACCCCUUCUGGCCUCACCACUGCACCGGGGCAGCUUUAAAAACCCUAGCUCUGAAAGCCUUAUCUUGAUGUUUAGGGAAAGGGGGAAGGCUGAAGGGAAGGCUUUACAAUGUCCUGGAACGGGAAUGUGGAGCAGCUCAGCAGGGCACGCACGCAAAAUAUUCCCAACGCAAGCACUUGCCACUGGAGAGGGCAGGCAGGCUCCUCUUCAAACACUGGAAAUGCUCCAGCUUGGCCAAACCCCACCUCUGGAAUAACACAGGAAGGAGGAAAGGAAGCUGCUCCUUUACGAAGCCGAGGAUGCUCUUUAUUAGUGCGCCUGAAAAAAAUCUAGAGAACAUCUGACAGACACGUCCAUAAAAUCGGGUGUUUUUUAUAAACAAAACGCCAGCAUACAAAAUCCUGCAGUGCUUCCUCCCGUGCUCCCUACAAAAUGAUUGUCUCCAUCGUCAGUCUGUGUGUUGGGGGAGGGAGAGGAGGAUAAAUAGAAGGGGAUGCCCCGUACUCAAACUUUGUUUCCUUCCAAAGUCAUAUGGAAGAAGCAAACUCCUGCCACCCUCCUUGGUUUUAUAAAAAUAAUGAACACAGGGGGUGUGUGGGGGAGGAUCAACACCUUGGAGGCUGCACCCUGACCCCCAGCCCUCCAGGGAGCCCUUUAUUGCAUGGUCAGUGGUCAGUGCCUUCCUCAACACAGCUUAAAGCCACAGCUCCUUUCACACCCAGAAAACACCCCAAAAAAACCCCAAAAAAGUCACUGACAACCCUGCCAGGAAAAAUCAGCUGUAGGGGAGUGUGGAGAUUAAACACAGCC